AUGCCACGGUCGCCUCCUGGGUCUACGACCAGUGACUCCUACGCCUCCUCCUCGGAAGACUGGAGUGAUCUGGAUGGCAAUGCUAUCAGCGAUGAGGAUAUGGCUGAUUCUGAUGCCUCCCUUGGGAAUGAUGAACCAUUUGGAGCGCAUCUACCGGAAGCCCCUCAAUCAGACGUGGACAUCAGGCGAGAAGCGGAUUUUGAGCUUAAGAGGCAGUCAUUCGUGGACUUACUCGCCCGACAGCUUUGCCGAGCCCAUCUGGAGCAGGAGCUGCGAUCCAGACUUACUGCAAGGCAGGCGGGAGCUCAGCUGCGAGACUUCUGGAGACGACACUCGAAUGACAACUCGAGAGACCUCCAAGACUCGGUGGUUGGUUUCCUUGACAGUAACAGACGCGAAUCGUUGGAGCAUAUGGUGGCCGCACUCAGAUGCAUGCUGGCAGAGCCAAUGCCAGACAACGACCUCGCCUGGCUGUUAUCUCUGGAAAUUCUGCACCUACCGCCUCUGCACAGGCUACAACAAGCUGCCCAACAAGCUGUAUUCUUCAGCCUUUGUGACAAGGUUGGUCGAGAGGCUGCCGCCAUGGUGGCUUCUCGAGCAACCGAUCUGGCCUUUAACACCUUCAGCAUACCAGCGCUUCGACUGCUCUGGCCCCUGCUGGAUGACGACCAAAGGCGAAAGAUGCAAAGGUGGCUUUUCGAGUACAGGAUGGGUACCGCUGAAGAGCCGACGGAGAAAUCCUCCUCUUCCUCCCAGAAGCCUCGGUAUGGAUAA